ACACUCGACUUCCUCCCAGGAAGACCGUCACGAGCCUGUUGAGGAAGAGAGAGACAGAAGCUCUAAACUCGCCGUUAACAUGAAGACGAACCAGACCUGACGUGUCCUCGGCCUCAGAAACUCUGAACAGAAAGGUGUUAAGGUAGUAUGUUUGUGUUGGAGCGCAGCUGUCGGCAAACCAGCUGUUUCUGCCAUUUUGAAGGCCUCCAUCUGCUCGCUCCUGCUGCCUGGAGGAGGCCUGUGUGUGCUGGACCAUGAGUGGAAGCGUUGCCCCCCCUGAGGGCUGUGAGGGUCCGGUCCAGGGUCCACGUCAGACCUCAUACCGCUGGCAGCAUUACAGGAAGCCCUGGCAGAGAUCCGACCCCCAGCCGGCUCCCAAGCAGCUAUUGGACAGAUACAAGUGGAGGACAUCUGCUCGCCUGGCACCGAGGGCGUCCAAGAUGUCCCCCACCCCCGAGGGCGGAGGGCACGGCGCCGAGCCUCUCCACCUGCGGCUGCUCAGUUUACCGAGGUUCAGCACCGUCAGAGAUCAUCAAGCCCACGAAGGCCCGGCCAGGCCCGGGUCUCUGCGCAGGAUCUUCUUCAGGUCCAUGUCCGAGCCCGGUACAGGCGGCGGUCCGGAGAGGGCGGCGCUCAGGAAGGUGGGAUCAGACGCAGAGCGGCGAGCUCCGUCCGUCAGCAGCUUCAUCCAGUCGUUCUCUCGCAGGAUCAGCAGAGUCCUCAGGGACGAACCGGAAACCGAAGGAGCAGAGUCUGAUGUUAAAGGUCCUCCCGCUCACCGUUUCUCCUGCGGUCAGAGUCCUUACACCGACAGUGGAGCCUGGGAGAGGAAGUUCUGCAUCCUGACCGACAGCCAGCUCAUCCUGCUCAACAAGGACGACGAGGCUGCAGGAGAAGCCCAGGAGAGCCCCACUGACUCGGCGAAGGGCCGGAGCCUCCGCAGGACCGUCAGCGUCCCCUCAGAGGGACAGUUCCCAGAGUUUCAGCCAGAGGGCGCCGCCAUGCUGGAAGUGUCUUCGGAGCGAUCUCCGAGGAGGAGGAGCAUCUCUGGUCUGGGGAGUUCGGAGAAGAGCGUCACCGUCGACAAUCCAAACUCGUCGCCUUUUAAAGUGCCGGGGUUUUUCAGUAAACGUCUCAAAGGCUCCAUCAAGAGGACGAAGAGUCAGACCAAACUGGACCGAAACACCAGCUUCAGACUGCCCUCGCUCCGGCCCGCUGAACCCGACAGGUCUCGUGGGCUUCCCAAGUUGAAGGAGUCGACAUCCCAUGAGUCUUUGCUGAGCCCGGGCAGCGCGGUGGAGGCUCUGGACCUGAGCAUGGAGGAGGACGUGUUCGUCAAACCUCUGCACAGCAGCAUCCUGGGACAGGAGUUCUGCUUCGAGGUGACGUACUCAGGAGGCAGCAAGUGUUUCAGCUGCACUUCAGCCUCAGAGAGAGACAAGUGGAUGGAAAACCUGAGGAGGACGAUUCAGCCCAACAAGGACAACUGUCGGCGGGCGGAGAACCUCCUGCGACUGUGGAUCAUCGAAGCCAAAGACCUGCCGCCCAAGAAGAAAUAUUUCUGCGAGCUGUGUCUGGACGACGUCCUGUACGCCCGGACCACCAGCAAGACCCGGCACGACAGCCUGUUCUGGGGCGAGUACUUCGACUUCUCCAGUCUGCCGGCCGUGCACAGCAUCACCGUGCACAUCUACCGCGACGUGGACAAGAAGAAGAAGAAGGACAAGAACAACUACGUGGGCCUGGUCAACAUCCCGGUGUCGGGCGUGACGGGCCGGCAGUUCGUGGAGAAGUGGUACCCGGUCAGCACGCCCACCACCAGCAAGGCCAAGGGAGGGGGGCCGUCGAUCCGCAUCAAGUCCCGCUUCCAGACCAUCUCCAUCCUGCCCAUGGAGCAGUACAAGGAGUUCGCAGAGUUCAUCACCAACAACUACACCAUGCUGUGCUCGGUGCUGGAGCCCGUCAUCAGCGUCAAGAACAAGGAGGAGAUGGCCUGCGCUCUGGUCCACAUCCUGCAGAGCACCGGGAGGGCAAAGGACUUCCUCACAGACCUGGUGAUGUCGGAGGUUGACCGAUGUGCCGACCACGACGUCCUGAUCUUCAGGGAGAACACGUUGGCCACCAAGGCCAUCGAGGAGUAUCUGAAGCUGGUGGGACAGAAAUACCUGCACGACGCGCUCGGUGAGUUCAUCAAAGCUCUGUACGAGUCGGACGAGAACUGCGAGGUGGAUCCCAGUCGAUGCUCCAGCAGUGAUCUGGCCGAGCACCAGAGUAACCUGAAGAUGUGCUGCGAGCUGGCCUUCUGCAAGAUCAUCAACUCCUACUGCGUGUUUCCUCGGGAGCUGAAGGAGGUGUUUGCGUCAUGGAAGCAGCAGUGCGUCGUCCGCGGACACCAGCAGGACAUCAGCAAGCGUCUGAUCAGCGCCUCGCUCUUCCUGCGCUUCCUCUGCCCCGCCAUCAUGUCGCCGUCGCUCUUCAACCUGAUGCAGGAGUACCCCGACGACCGCACGUCCCGCACACUCACGCUUAUCGCCAAGGUCAUCCAGAACCUCGCCAACUUCACCAAGUUUGGAAACAAAGAGGAGUACAUGGCCUUCAUGAACGACUUCCUGGAGCACGAGUGGGCGGGGAUGAUGCGUUUCCUGUCUGAGAUCUCCAACCCGGAGACUCUGUCCAACACGCCAGGCUUCGAGGGUUACAUCGACCUCGGCCGCGAGCUGUCGGUGCUGCACGCCCUGCUGUGGGAGGUCGUCUCCCAGCUCGACAAGGGUGAAAAUUCCUUCCUGCAGGCCACCGUAGCCAAGCUGGGCCCGCUGCCGAGGAUUCUGGGAGACAUCUCCCGCUGCCUGGCCGCUCCGACGCCGGUGCAGCAGCAGCUGCGACGCUUCCAGGACCACAGCUCCGCCCACAACAUCAGCGGCAGCCUGUCGUCAGGGUUACAGCGAAUCUUUGAGGACCCCGCCGACAGUCACUGUGAAGUUCGCAGCCUUCAGUCUCCGGCUGAUCGGAUGGAGGGUUACAGGGCUCAGCGCCCCCUGCUGGCUCAGCAGCAUCCCUCCAUCCACACCAGCUUCUCUGAUCAGGAGGAGCGAGACAGCCUCCUGCCCAACGGUCGCAGCAUCUCUCUGGUCGACCUGCAGGACGCCCAGAGCCUGCACGGCCCCGCGGGGCCCCCACCGCACCACGAGGCCCCGCCCCGCCUCAGCAGGGUUGGCUCACAGGCCUCCAUCGGACACGGCCCGCCCCCGCUUGGCUAUCCACACUCCAACCCCCUGACCCCACAGCCGGCGCCGCACCAGAUCAAAGCCCCGCCCAGAGACGGUCAGCCGCAGAGCGCGCCGCAGGUGAGGCGGCCGCUGCACCCCUCCCUCAGCCAGCAGCGCAGCCUCCAACCGCUGUCCUUCCAGAACCCCGUCUACCACCUGAGUAACGCCGCCCACAGCCUGUCCACACGUUCCGCCCACUCGCUGCGGCAGGACUCCAGCUCCGAGAACCUGAGCACAGAGAGCUCGCACAACAGCCACAGCAACUCCGACGACUACGGCAGCCAGGUGGGGGUCAAAGGUCGGGCGCCGUCCAACAGCAGCCUGGACGAGCUGGGCAGCAGGCGGAGCACGCAGAGCGAGGAGUGCUCAACGCCGCGUCGCCACGCGCCCUCCGACCUCCCACCCGGUGCCACAGCCACGGCAGUCGCUGUCCCCCGUCAGAGCACGACGGCAGGCACCGCCCACAUCGUCAAGGUGGAACAGCAGAGCAGGGGAGGGGCCAGGACGCCGCGUUCCCUCCCGCACAGCGCCUCGCUACGCAGCAGCAGCAGCGCCAACACCGAGCCCACACCCACCGCCACCCACGGCAACCGCCAACCAUCCGCCUGCUCCGCGGAGAACAUGGCUCCGCCCCCAAGGAGCGCCGCCAAACAGCCGCAGCAGGUGGCAUCUCCGGUGGAGGCGGUGGCAGUGGCGAUGUCUCCGGUGGAGAGGACGGCGGCCUGGGUCCUCAACAAUGGCCAGUACGAGGAGAAGGAGGAGGAGGGAGGAGAGAGGAGCAGAGAGGAGGGCAGGAACACUGAGAAGUACGAGCUGGAGAUCUCGCGGCUGAAGGAGCGUCUGCGGGUGUCCGGGCGGCGCCUGGAGGAGUACGAGCGGCGGCUGCUGGCUCAGGAGCAGCAGAUGCAGAAGCUGCUGCUCGAGUAUAAAAACCGUCUGGAGGACAGCGAGGAGCGACUGAGGAGGCAGCAGGAGGAGAAGGACAGCCAGAUGAAGAGCAUCAUCUGCAGGCUGAUGGCGGUGGAGGAGGAGUUGAAGCGGGACCACGCAGAGAUGCAGGCGGUGAUCGAAGCCAAACAGAAAAUCAUCGACGCUCAGGUCAGUAACGGAUGUGAAAUAAACCAAUCAGGCAAGUAACUGUAGCCCCGCCCCUCCUCCUCCUCCCCCCCACCACCACGCUGUUUUUAGAAAGAAAAUAAAGGGCUAACACGCCUCACACCUGGUCAGCCAAUCACAGAGCAGAUCCAACCACCUGAGAGUCCAGGAAGAGGAAGUCCAGCUGCAGAAAACUGUUUCAAAAUAAGAGCUUGCUGUUAUUCAAGAUAACUUCUAAGAUUAAUGAAUCGAUCUUUAAUUAUCUGGAUCAUUUUAUCUCGAUAGCAUCAUGUUAGUUAAAGUUUAUAAAAAUAACCAGAUCCUGAGUCCAGCUCUGAGCUGACAACGAGUUCCCAAAGUGUGGAACGGUUCUUUUAAAGGUCCAGAUCCUGAACCUUCAGGACCAGCUGCUGGUGUGUCGGUGUGUCGCUCUGAGCUGGUUUUAUUUCUGUUUGGCUGCUGCCCCCCACUCCCCCACCCCACCCCCCGACCUCCUCUAAACCACCAGAGCUUCCUGUCUUUCAAAAUAAAACGUCAGAGGGUUUAGAGUCGGAGGAGAGGCCGUCGGAUCGUCAGGUUCACUCAGGUGGUUCUGAUCCAGGAUCAGAGUUUGACUUCCUGCUGAUAAACUGCAGCACUCAGAGCUUCAGUCUCACUUUUUAUUUAUUUCAUUUUGUUGGUUUUUCGUUUUUUGGGCUGUUUUAUUUUUUCGGCUGCUGCCUUCAAACUUCCUGUUUCUCACUGUGUCAGUUUAAAGCUGCAGAGUCAAAACCACAUCACGUUCUCACCUUAAAACUAAAUUAUGUAAAUGAGUUUAAAAGGAAAACUUUAUGAAUUGUAAAACAUUAGUGUUGAAAUCUUUUAAUUUCAUCAGCUUUUAAUCCCAUCAACAGUUCCUCUUUAAAGUACAAGUUCUUGUAAUAAAUUAAAUUCUAUAUUAAAUUCUCCAAAUAUGUAGAACCUGUUAAAUACUUUAACAGAAUUCAGGUGAAAAUAUUUAAAGUCCUGAUGUAAACCAGAACAUCUUCACCUUCAUUAAAUCCUUUAAAAUUGACCAAAUUCUAAACUAAAAUGUUUGUUAUUGGAUUUGUCAAAUAUCUGUUACUUAAUAUUCAAUUAUUUGUAAAUUAAGGGGAAGUCAUUUUUGUCUUUAAAUAAAAUUAUCUCAACUCAAAACUUUAGUUUUUCGGAUUAAAGGACAAAUGAAUGAUCUGCUUUAGAUUAAGGUGUUUUCAGUGCUAAGUUAAGGAUGAAUUAAGGUUUUAUCGUUUUACUUUUUUAAACCUCCUGAGUAAAAACACUGAUGUGGUUUUAACUCGACGGUCAGAUCAUCACAAACCUCGCCCGCCUCUUAUUUUCUUACCCACAAGUCUGACUUCCUGUCCCGCCCUCCUCUUGUCUG